AUGCCGAGUCUGCCCAACGGCUUCCCUGCUGUCUUGUCUUCGCCCUUGGCUUGGACGGGGCAGCAAUUUGCUCGCCAGUCGGACUAUAUCCACCACCUGGAUGCAGACGAGAUUCGCGAGAUUGAUGCCGCUCUCAAGUACUUCAAGGCCCUGGAGCUGGAUGGAGAUCUGGCCACCCCUGACAAUUUCCCGCUUCCCACUGUUGGCCAGAAUGUACUGAGCCGCAUGCGCAACGACAUCUACCAAGGCAAGGGAUUCGCUGUGCUGCGAGGGCUCGACUCCAGCAAAUACUCUGUUGAAGACAUGACGACAAUUUAUCUCGGAGUCCAAGCACACAUUGCCAAUCGUUUCGGCCGCCAGGACAAGAAGGGCAACAUGCUGGUUCACAUCAUUGCCGACGACUCUUCCAAGCAAAGGGCUGAGCACCACCGUCAUUCGACCUCGCCGAUUACUUUCCACAACGAGGAGGCUGGCGACAUCAUCAGCUGGCUGACGAGAAACGCGGCCAAGACUGGAGGCAAAUGCAUCAUCGCGUCGACUUACACCGUCUACAAUGUGCUGGCUGCCACCCGUCCGGACCUGAUCCGCACGCUGGCUCGUUCUGACUGGCCUUUCGCUCUUCCCAAGUUCCAAUGCCGCCCCAUCUUCUUCCACCAUGAUGGGAAUCUGAUUACCAACUUCGGCAGAGCCGCUCUCAUGGGGAGUGCCAGCCAUGCCCGGCCCGCCCACCUGCCAACGCUCACUGCCGCUCAGGUGGAGGCCUUGGACGCCAUCCAGGACAUUGCCGAAGCGACCAAGUUUGAGUUCACCACCCAGCCGGGCGACAUCCAUUUCAUCAACAACCUGGCAAUCCUCCACCGACGCGAGGGCUUUGUCAACGGCUCGGAGGCCAGUCAGCGCAGGCACCUUGUUCGCAUGCGACUCCGCGAUGACGAGAUGGGAUGGAGCAUCCCUCUUGACCUGGAGGACGAGUGGAACAAGGCCUUUGGCAACGCCGGAACCCGUGUGUGGCACCUGGAGCCCAUGCCUUCUGGCUACUUUCCUCUGCGGUCCCAGCCCAACUAG